CGCGCGCAACUUGAUCCAGGAAGAACGCGUUUCAUUUUCAUGUUGCGUUCGGGGAAAGUCUUCAGAAAUCGUACACAGAAUUACGCUAAACGUUCAGCUGAAAAUGUCAGAGUCUACACAUGUGUCAUCGCUUGGGAUGGGUGACGGUUUGCAUCACCAGGUUCUCGCCUCCUUCCCUCUGUGUGACAUAACAGAGGAGGAUCUGACCCAGAAUCCUCAGUUCUGUAAACUCCUGGCCACCCUGGCACAACAUGUGGACCAAACUGGUCUCACUGUCCCACUGAAAACAGAGCUGGAAAAGGCUGAGCAGAAGCUGCGGAGCCAGAGGCGUCACUGGCUGCGCUCCGAGAGCCUCCACAAAGGACUGCAGGAGAUGAUCCAGGACCACUGUAUCAGGAAGCACCAUGUCACUGUACCCCCUGACCAGAACCUGUUCUAUGAGACGCUGGAGAAGUGUCUGCUGGUGGCUCAGUGUAUCAGACUGCUGGAUCCCAGUAGCACUACCAACCAGGACCAGCCCUCUGUUCUGGGUCUGAGCCCCCAACACAUGAUGGACCUCAUGCCAUCAGAGAAGGAUGUUCAAAGGAUGAAACAGGGUCUUCCCGAAGAGCUGGAGAAGCAUCUGAGGAAAAGCUGCUUUAGCCUCCUCUCUUACUAUCAACCUGAAUGGGAGAACGAGAGUGAGCGUCUGAAGACCAGCAAGCUGUCUCAUCUGGCAGCCCAGCUGGACAAAGAGAAGAAAAGAGCAGAGAGUCUGAAGGAGACCUGCCGGGAAAACACAGUCCUCCUGCAACGACAGACUCAGCUCUACCUCUCUGAACUGAUUAAGUGUAUUCAGCUUCUCCAGUCUCUCAUCUUGGACCACAGGCUGAGAAUCCAGACAGAUUUGGACGGGAAGAAGUUAGAGUACUUAGAGGGAAAAUGUGAAUUAGUCUUACAGAAGAUCAAGACUGAGAUGGUGGAAAUUCAGCUGGACAUGUACACAGUGGACUCAAUAGCUGCUCAUAGAAAAAUAAGAGAGAGGCUGGAGUCUGAUCUGAAGGCCUGUCAGGUGGAGAAGCACUCCGUUGAGCUUAAACUGGCCUCCUUUGAGAUCUUGGGCAAAGAGUUUGAGGCCUUGGCUGAAGAGUACUGCAGAUUACGGCAGAAGAUAGAAAUGAAUAAUUGGGCUCUGAAGGAGUUCACCCGGUGCAGCGACAAGUGAAGAUCAUAUCUGAUGCUAGGAGGACAGCCAGCCAUUCCCCUUCCCCAGCGUGCCAUUGCUCACAGUGACUUGUUGGCUUUUGGAUGCUUGGCGCAGACACUGUGUGGACUUUUGGCCUACAGGAACGAUGUAGCAUGUACAGCAGUGAGUGAGCUAACUGAAGGAUUUCAGUACAGCUCCUAACUUAAGAAUGCUCUUAAAAACAUCAGUGAAUUCAGCAUCUUCAGUACAUCACCAUGGUAAUCAGCAUUUCUGCUUUCUUUGUUUCUACCUAGACCCAUAGAUUUCAAGUGUUCGGUAUUCAUUACUCUUUUAAUGCACGUUUACACUAAGCCUUAAAGGUGCUGUAGGUAGGAUUGGGAAGAUCCAGGACUUAGCCCACAAAUUUGAACAUCAACAACUUCUCAGUCCCUCCCCCCUUUCCGCUAAGGCCCA